AUUGUCUCUUUCAAUCUAGAACUUGGUCCAAAACCAUUCCUGGCAAGGUUGAAUUCUUCUCCAGCGAGGGUUCAGACACCUCUAUUCCCAUCCCCAUUGUGCCGCUUCCAGGUGUAGAUGACUCUUAUCCACCCCAGAAGAAAUCUUUCAUGAUGCUCAAAUACAUGCAUGACCACUACUUGGACAAAUACGAAUGGUUUAUGAGAGCUGAUGAUGACGUUUACAUCAAAGGGGACAAACUGGAGAACUUCCUCAGGAGUUUGAACAGCAGCGAGCCCCUCUUUCUUGGGCAGACUGGCCUCGGCACCACGGAGGAGAUGGGGAAGCUGGCGCUGGAACCGGGCGAGAACUUCUGCAUGGGGGGACCAGGAGUGAUCAUGAGCCGGGAAGUCCUGCGGAGAAUGGUGCCCCACAUUGGCGAGUGCCUGCGAGAGAUGUACACCACCCAUGAGGAUGUGGAAGUGGGAAGAUGUGUACGGAGGUUUGCGGGAGUGCAGUGUGUGUGGUCCUACGAGAUGCAGCAGCUGUUUUAUGAAAAUUAUGAACAGAACAAAAAAGGUUAUAUCCGAGACCUGAGGAACAGCAAAAUACACAGAGCCAUAACACUGCACCCCAAUAAGAACCCCCCGUACCAGUACAGACUUCACAGCUACAUGUUGAGCCGCAAGAUAGCAGAGCUGCGCCACCGGACUGUACAGCUGCACCGGGAAAUCGUCCUGAUGAGCAAAUACAGCAAUACAGAAAUCCACAAAGAUGACCUGCAGCUGGGGAUGCCACCCUCCUUCAUGCGAUUCCAGCCCCGCCACAGGGAGGAAAUCUUGGAGUGGGAGUUUCUUACAGGAAAGUAUUUGUAUUCGGGUGCUGACGGGCAGCCCCCUCGGAGAGGAAUGGACUCUUCUCAGCGUGAAGCGUUGGAUGACAUUGUUAUGCAGGUCAUGGAAAUGAUCAACGCCAACGCUAAGACCCGGGGGAGGAUCAUUGAUUUCAAGGAAAUACAGUAUGGCUAUCGCAGAGUAAAUCCCAUGUAUGGAGCAGAGUAUGUUCUUGACUUGUUGCUUCUCUACAAAAAGCAUAAGGGGAAGAAGAUGACCGUCCCCGUCAGGAGGCACGCGUACUUGCAGCAGACGUUCAGCAAGAUCCAGUUCAUGGAGCACGAAGAGAUGGACGCCAAAGAGCUGGCCAGCAAAAUUAAUCAGGAUUCUGGAUCCUUGUCUUUCCUCUCCAACUCGCUGAAGAUGUUUGUUCCCUUCCAGCUCAGCCGAUCAAAAGUCGAGAGGAAAGAACUCAAAGACAAGAAGAUCAACAUCCUGAUUCCUCUCUCUGGACGUUUUGACAUGUUUGCAAGGUUCAUGGGGAAUUUUGAAAAGACAUGCCUCAUUCCAAACCAGAACGUCAAGCUGGUUGUCCUGCUUUUCAAUUCCAACUCCAACCCUGACAAAGCGAAGCAGAUUGAGCUGAUGAGAGAUUACCGCUCCAAAUACCCCAAGGCUGACAUGCAGGUUUUACCGGUGUCAGGGGAGUUCUCGAGGGCACUGGCUCUGGAAGUCGGAUCUUCUCAGUUCCGGAACGAGUCUUUACUUUUCUUCUGUGAUGUUGACUUAGUGUUUACCACAGAAUUUCUCCAGCGGUGUAGAGCCAAUACAGUUUUGGGUCAACAAGUAUACUUUCCCAUCAUUUUUAGCCAGUAUGAUCCAAAGAUUGUUUACAGUGGAAAAGUUCCUAGUGACAAUCAUUUUGCCUUCACCCAGAAAACAGGUUUCUGGAGGAACUAUGGCUUUGGUAUUACCUGUAUUUACAAAGGUGAUCUUCUUCGUGCAGGUGGCUUUGAUGUCUCCAUCCAAGGUUGGGGCCUAGAAGACGUAGACCUGUUUAACAAAGUCAUUCAAGCUGGCUUAAAAACUUUCCGAAGCCAAGAAAUUGGAGUAGUUCAUGUGCAUCACCCUGUUUUUUGUGACCCUAAUCUUGAUCCAAAACAAUAUAAAAUGUGCUUGGGGUCCAAAGCAUCAACUUAUGGGUCCACGCAACAGCUGGCUGAAAUAUGGUUUGAAAAAAAUGACCCAAAUUUUGGGAAAAGCAGCAAUACUAAUGGCUCAGUGAGGACAGCCUAAUGUCCAGCUAUGCUGGAAAAGACUUUUUUUUUAAUUAUCUAAUUUAUUUUUGGGAAAAUGUUUUUUGAUAAUUCACUUUUAAAAGACCACACAGGAUAUAUUUUAGAAAUCAUCGUUGUUUUCUUACAAAGCACUCGUUUUGAGAAGAACAAGGCCGUUGUUUUUUUUUUUGUUGUUGUGUUUUUGGUUUUGAACAGAACUGUGAUCAAUAUUUGCCUUCAAACAAAAAAAUUGUUUAAGAGUUAUCUGACUGAUCAGCGGAAAUCUGACUUGAAUUAGAAUUUCCUUAUGAACAAAAGAUUGUUUCUUACCUUUUCCAUUGCUGUCUUCAUUGCUGGGAUUCUGUAAAUUGGGACCUGAGCGUGCAAGCCAAGUGACAAAACGGUGUAUCUAAAUGUUUUGUUGUGAUGGCUACAGUGCAAAGAUUCCGCUUCUUUUGUUAAGGAUAGCCAUUAUUUUUUAAAUUGCGUUAGAACAAAACAAAUCAGUGUGACGAUGAUAAGGGUAUUAAUCACAGAUUUUUUUUUUCCAAAUGGCUGAUUAUUUCAGUUUAAAAAUACACUUCCACUUAUUAUGGCCAGACGACUUCAAGGGAGGGAAGAAAGUAAGCACAACCUGCUAUCCCAUUAGUCCUUGUAGAAAUUUUUGUCUUAUAUAUUUGGUCCAUAUAUGGACGUAAUGUUUUAAGAAUCCGUGGUGGGUUCUGUGUAUUAUCCUCAACCGCUGUCCUGUCUAGAGCUGAGACGAUGUGAUCAAGAAAUGCCGAAGCGUAAUAAGGGAGGGGAAGAGGAUGGGAAUGCGAAUCUUGCAGCAAAGCGACAGUACAUAACGAACAAUUAGAGAUCCCUAACGAGAACUUUUAAAAAUCUUCUAUACUGAGUGUACUGCACCUGAUUGCAUUGAUAUUGUUCAGUCGGUUAUGUGAUGUUAAUGGGAACAAUUAUUACAUUUGAUUACUAGUUUUGUUUUGGGAUUAUUUUUUUCUGUAUCUGAUAGACUGUUAAUUUAUUUAAUAUCCAUUGUUUUAGGUUCUUGACCUUUCCUUGAAUAUCUGUUAGUCAUUUUAAUAUUUUAUAUAUAUAUAUAUGUGUGUGUAAAUAUAUAUAUAUAUAUUAGGAAUGUAUUGCAUCUUCUCACUGAUAAGGUAGUGUACAUCAUACUUGCAGUAAAUGAUCUCCAAAGAUUACUUUCUAAAAUAUUUUUUCAUGAAUCUUUUUUCCCAAAUUUCUUUUGACAUUUUUGGAAUGACAUCAGUAAGCUUAGGAAUUUUUUUGGUAUUGUAAGAGGAACUGGGGAUGGGGAGGCCGAAUACAAGGAAAGUGUGAUCCCUGUGAAUUAACACCUAGCAAGGUAAGAGAAAAAUACACAAAAUAAAGUGCCUUAAAGCCAGAAAGGGAGCCCUUUACACUGAGACUUAGACAGUGAAUGGACAUUGUCAUUGGAGCAGAUGAUCUAUUGGGACCUACCUACCUGUAAAUAUCUUGCUCAGCAGAAACAAAAAAUAAAAACCAGCGAACAAUAUAUUUUUCUAUUGUAUCCUCCAGCACCAUUUCUUCUCAUUGCUCUCAGUUCCACUUUGCCUACUCUUUGGGAGGUGAAGACUAGUGAAGGAACAGAAAAAAUUGAUGCAUAGGUUGUUGCCAUGUUUGAAGGGAUCUUAUGGAGUAAUUGCUAUUCCAGUAGAAGAAAUAACCAUUGUUUACAUGUGUAUGGAAUAUGAACUGCAACUAGUGUAGAGUCGAUGUCUUAUAUAAUGUUCAUCGUUUUUUGGUGACAGUCCCAAGGAUGUAGGUACUUGGAUGGAUUCAGUGCAUGGAAAAUAUCUCUCUCUUUUUUUUUUUUUUUUUUUUUUUUAAGACUUGCUUCUAAGAUGCAAUAAAGAUUUUUUAUUUGCAAUCGGAGCUUCUCAUGUCGUCUGCCUCAGUCCAUAUCUCUUCAAACAGCGUAAGCACAGCCGCGAAGGUAAAGCGGUUUGGGGAAGUCCAGGUGAAAGGAUCUCCCUCUUACAAAGGGUUUUGACCUCUGUUUUGUGUUUUGGCCUGGAAUAAACUUAAUGCCACAUACCUUGGCUCCAGGGAAAGGGAAAACAAACCCGUUCAUCAGACUCUGGUGCACUCUCCUGCCGCUGCCUGCACUGAUGAGCUGUGUGACUCCCUGGGGCAGCUGGUCGUCUCUAACAGAGGUUUUUAAGUUUUUCCUCGUGAAAAGAUUAAAAGUGUUUUUGCUGUCUGAAAGCAUCCAUAACUAUACAUUUUAAAUGCAUAUGAUGACAAGGCUGAAUAAUUUAGUAAUGUUUUGUGUAUUCAAAACCACAGUAAAAAUAAUUAUUAAAUGUGUUGAGCGCUUAUUUUUAAUAGCUCUGCCAGUCUUAUCACAGUCGAUUAAUAUUGGUGUGAGGGUUUUUUAUGUAAAAAUUAAGUCUCAAAGAAUCUUAGGGAUUACUGAAUUAUUUCUUCACACAAGGAAAAGAAAAAAAGUAAAAACAACUAGUAUUUGUGGCUGCAGAAAAGAGCUUGAAGAAUAUGAACCCUAGAGCACUGUACCAAAAGACAGGGGGAAAAGCCCUGUACUUAUACUGUAUUUAUUAACAUGAUUAUGUAGGACUUUUUUUAGCCCAUAACAGCCGGUAAAAACAGAAUGCAUGUAAAUGGAAAAAGCCAUUUAAUGAAAAGCACCCAUCUGGUAUUGGGUUUUUUUGUCUCUGUUGCCGCAGUUCUGAUUCAGUUACCAAAUCUGUCCAACAGCAUUAAAAGCAGGUUUUACACCAGGCUUGCAGGCAACUCCUGAGGCCCCACAUCUUAAUUGACCACAUAUUUUAUGGACUCACAGCUUAAAAGUAAUCCAUUUUAAAGCUAAAUUUCAAAAUAUAACUGUCUAUGAUAAAUUCUAACCUUAUAAAACCCAUUUUAUGCUAAAAUAAGUGGUAUGUGCUGCCCAGGUUGUAAGGAGCUUGACCAGGUGGAAGUCAUUGGCUGGCAAGUGCUAGCCCAGCCUCUGACAAAAAUCCCUUUUGGGGCUGGAACGUUUCAUUUGCAGUUUACUCCGGUUGUUUGUUUCGAAGAGAAGUUUGCUUCAUGCCGAGAAGUCAGUUGGUGUUGGAGAACCCAGGAGGGUUUUCCUCCAAUCCAUUAAGAAAAAACAAGGUAUGAGAAAACGAGAUGGUGUCAGCCUGAAAUUGAAGAACAUGGUGACCAAGAGGCAUUCGCUGAGGUUUGCUUUAUAUUGAGAUGCUUCUCUUCUGCAUUAAAACAAUUUAAAAUGUGAGACAUUUCUUUUCCCUCAUUCUUCUAGUGUAUGCAGUCUGUGUCAGAUGCCGUGCUGUGGGCACACUCACAGCAAUGCAACUCCCACCCAAGCAGAGCUUUGCAGCCCUUCAACACCUUUUCUGGACACCCAUGGGUGCCAUUUCCAUCUUCCUGGGGCUCACGGUGAGAGACGUGGGGUCCUCGCCCACAUUGGCUGCACUCGCCCUGGCCCGUGGCUCGCAGUUGGCAGGUUGGUGGCUCUGGAGGGCUUUGGGGGCCCGCUGUGGCAGCUGAGCUGUGGCAGGGGCCAUGUCCCACCAGUGACUGCUGAGGGACCGUGUUCUGAAGCACAGAUGGGGUGACCCAUGGCCAUCCUCACUCACCCUUCAGGUAUCUUUGCUCCCUGGCCCUGCGUUGCUUGUCGAGGGCUUGGUGUCCCCACGCCAGAGCUCCCUGGGGUCUGACAGCAGCUCAGCUUUGGGUGGGUGAUCACCCACAGAUGGUGGAGCUGGUGGCCAGGAGGGGCUGAGGUGAACAUCGUGGGGGUCCUGCAAAGGCGCCUAAAGCCAACCUUGGCCCUUCCUCCUGGUAGGGAUGUUUGUGGGGUAGAUUGGAGAGCCUGGCUGUCCCGUGGGCUGUCGGAGAAACAGCCAGAAUCACUGUGAGCCUCAAGCCGGUGUGUCGAGACCACGCUUGGCUCUUCGUUCAUGAACGUUCAUCAGUUGCUGGAGUUAAACGCCAUGUGAAACUUCAGGGGGGGGCACCAGGGGAUUUAUUACCACUGCUUUCUAAAAGCACUUCCCUCCCAGCAGCUCAUUUCUUUGCUCAAGGAUCAGUGAUGGCAAAAAGAAGCAACGGAGACGGAAAGCGUGGGUCCGGGAAAGGCAGCGCUGUACUUUCAGUGACAGUCGUGCUUGAUGCGGCUAUUUACAGGUUAAAUAUUUAUAUGUAACUUUGCAGAGUCACAGUCCAUGGAAGGAUUUCAAGUUUUGGUCCUUUAGGCACAGUGGGGUUUUAUUGCCCUGAAAAAUCAGUGACCAGCUCCAGCCUCCGCGCAGCUUCCCUGGACCUGGCUGUACGGUUCCUUUCAGCAAAAUCAGCAAGAAAGUCCUGCUGACCCCAAAUCUGCUUAGUCUGAGUUUUUGUUGAAGCUCUAACUUUACAUUGCAAAUUAUUAGCCUAAGUUGUUUCGCAUGAAUACUUGCUAAAAAUACUCUGCUUCCACUGCCAGCCUCACUCAAGAGCUUUUUGGAAAGAAAAUCUUUCAGAGGAAUUAAAAAUGGAGCAGGUUAGCGCCUUGCCUGGGGCGGAUGCUUCCAGGUUCCCCCGGGUUGUUCCUCCUCUGCUCUGGGAUGUGGUGAUGUCUGGGCUGGUGGGACGCUGCCCACCUUAGGACCUAUUUUAAACAAAUGCUUUUGUACCCAGGUCUGCAUGCUCUCAGUGUGAGUUACUGCGCUGACUGGAGCAGAUUCAGGGUUUUUUUGGUCCCAGUUGGAGCUCCAUGGAGCAUGGGCAGCCUUGGAGACAUCCGAGACUCCCCAGCCAAGGCAUGUUGAGCUGCAGUGCAGCCGCAUCCCAGGAGGUUUCCUUCCCCCACUCUUUUACUGGAUUUCACCUGGCUGCGGUUGCCAGAAGCGCUUUUAUUCCUCACGUCCAAACUGCUGCUGACGCUUUCCCAGGUGCAAGAAACCCGUCUGCAUCCUUUCCAAGCUCCAAAACCCAUCUCCCGGCUCUCCUCCAGCCCAGGGAUCUCUACCACCUUUUAAAUCACAUUUAUGAGCAGGGUGAAAAAAAUUGAAUUAACAUCAAAAAAAUAACAGACUGAAUACUGGGCUGGCUGUAUUUACUUUCACACUUUAAUUCAAUAAAAACCUCAACUUUAAUUGACCUGAAUCAGCUCCAACAUUUCCAGUGUGCUGGGCUUGAGUGUCUUAGAAAUUGGGGAUCCCCACUGUGCAGCUGAGGGUGCUGGGAGGACUUUGUCAUGGUCCUGCUACACCCCUCGCCCGCUGUUUUAGGAAAAAAAAAAAAACGAACAAUACCUUUGUGCUCCAUUGACUUUUUAAUAAAGGGAUCAUACUAAGGGCACAGUUUAAAGUAAUUCCACCAUAAAACAAACUUCCAGAGCAAACACGCUGCGAUAUGGGGCAGAUAAAGGCUGUUUGCUUCGCUGGCGUUGGCUCUGCGGACAGCAUUCAGGCUGUUCAGAAAUGAAAGAUGGUGGAGCCAGGGUGGCUCAGGGUAGGACUUUGACG